AUGUGCAUGAGCAUGUGCAUGAGCAUGAGCAUGAGCAUGAGCAUGAGCAUGAGCAUGAGCAUGAGCAUGAGCAUGAGCAUGAGCAUGAGCAUGAGCAUGAGCAUGAGCAUGAGCGUGAGUAUGAGCAUGAGCAUGAGAAUGAGCAUGAGCAUGAGCAUGAGCAUGAGCAUGAGCAUGAGCAUGAGCAUGAGCAUGAGCGUGAGUAUGAGCAUGAGCAUGAGAAUGAGCAUGAGCAUGAGCAUGAGCAUGAGCAUGAGCAUGAGCAUGAGCAUGAGCAUGAGCAUGAGCAUGAGCAUGAGCAUGAGCAUGAGCAUGAGCGUGAGUAUGAGCAUGAGCAUGAGCAUAAGAGAUUUAACCUGACUCUUACCCCCAGCCUAGUGUAUCGUAUUAGUCUUAGAUAGUAUGUACUAAAUAAGCCUUACAUAUUACGAGGAAAGCCUGGGAUAGUACUAUACAGAUUCUACAUAGUACUUAUAUUUAUAUAAGCCUUAGCCUAUGAGUAAACCUACGCGUAAGCCAAAGAGAGCUAUAGCCAAAAGCUAACCCCAAGCCUAUGAGUAAGAAGAAGCGCAAGCCGAAGCCUUAAUUGUAUCCUAAGAUUGGUCGUAAUUAAUCAUACUGUUUCUUCAUUGCCUUCUUAAGCUACGGUUACAUAAUUUACAGUUAUCUAAAUAUUCUUACUAAAUUUCAAAAGCUACAAACCUUGCCUCUUCAAGUAUGUCCAUCUACAAAUAUACAAAAGUCAAAUUCAGGUUUUCAAAAAGCUUACUGAAGUAAAAAUACAAUUUAGUACACAUACGACGCAUACUUCUUAUAAAAAUUGCAAAGUUUUGUAAAUUGUUGCUACAAAUUUAAAAUUACACACAAUUCCACGUAUUUCAGCUACAAGGAAAUGUAUCUUAUUUACGUACUUGAGCGGAUAUUAUUGAAAACGAAUUUUACAUAGAGUUUUGUAAAUGGUACCUUGACUCCAAUUGGAAACGUACAGUUUAGCUUACAAGGAAAGUACCCGACCUGCCCUGCUCAGAAUCGGCUCAUAAUUUUUAUAUGAAUUCCUUGUACUACCACUAGUACCCAUAAAAAAUUUUAUCUUGCGCAUUUGAGUUUUAAAUUUAAAUUAUUUUGUUUUCCCGCCAAUUUGGCAAAUUUGGCAUUGUGUUUCAAGCACGUUUUUCGACUUUCUAUGCAAGAUACGCUUACAAAUUUAAAAAUUUAGAUUCAUUUAAAGGUAUUCUACUAGUAUAUCAAAGAAAAAUGAUUAAAAGUCAAAAAAUGGCAACGUUAUAAGCUUGAAACACAAUGCCAAUUUGGCGGGAAAUUCAAAACGUAAUCUUUUGAUCUCGAUUUUCUCGAGAUUUCCUGGAAAGCGCGAUUUAGUACUUUGCUGAAGAUGUUAUAUUUACAUGAUCUUUCUUUAUAAAAAGUUUGAAGUCAAUCAGAGCGGAGCAGGUCGGGAACUUUCCUUGUUAACAUGUUGUUGUAAAUCGUAUCUGUCUUUGCUGAAACUUAAGUUUCUUUAAUUUUGAGCCUUUUCUAGUUUUAAAGCUUAAAAUUUAAUUUUUUCAAGCUUCAACCCUACUAUACUGUUUGAAAGCGCUAGUCCUAUAUACUAUAGCCCUAAACUAUAAAUAUUUUACAAAUUAUGCUAAUUGUUACCUCCGGUUUGCAAAUACUAUAACAUCCAAAUUAUAAUUAAAAAGAUUAGAUUGUAAAUUUUCAUUGUAAAAUAUUUGGGAUUGUGGAAACAUUUACGGUAGUAACCAUACAAAGCGCCGGAAAUCCACUUUCAAUUAUAAUUAUUACUAUUGUGACAUUUCGUACCACACACAGUUUCACUGUAAUCACGUGAGGAAUGUCAUCUAUGGAAUUGAGAAUAAGUACAUUCAUGCAAAGUAGAGCAAUCAAACAAUCAGACACAAACAUUUAAAGCAAGGUUCAAACUCUAGCUCAGGCUCAAACUCAGGCUCUGACAUAGGUUCCGGUUUAAUCUAAAACUCAUGUUCAAAUCCAGGCCAUGACUCAGGCUAAUAGUUCAUGUUCAGGUUUAGGCAAAAGCUCAAACUUAAGCUCAAUUUUAAUCUUAGGCUCAAGCUCACCCCCAUCAUCAGGCUCAGGCUAAAGGUAAGACUAAGGCUAAGGCUAAUGCUGAGGCUAAAGCUAAGGCUAAGGCUAAGGCUAAGGCUAAGGCUCAAGCUAAGGCUCAAGCUAAGGCUAAGGCUAAGGCUAAGGCUAAGGCUAAGGCUAAGGCUAAAGCUAAGCCUUAG